AUGAAAGUCUUCACUUUCACCAUUCACAUAUUGUAUGAUCGUGACUCAACUACGACGCCACAGCAAGAGUGUAAGCUCGAGGGCCUCCAUCCUCUUCUAAUCGUUACUUAUAAAAAUAUUACUGUACUCGUGGAUAAAAUUACAGUUCCACACAAUGAAAAAAUUGCAGUGCGAUGUCGCGAACUUGGAAAAUAUAAGCUUAUCGGGGAUUCGUUGUUACAUUGCCGAAAUGGCAUCUGGAGUGAGAAAUUGCCUUCUUGCAUCCCCACCACUGCACUUGCUAAUUAUACGGAAGACGUGCCGCCGACGAUACUUUUUGGGCUUCCCGCGGGAUCCGCGACAUUUGAGCCUUCGGGCGCUCUGGCUGUUUUUCCCGGAAGUAUCCUUCACUUAGAGUGUCUUUUUGCCAGGCGACUCGGCAAUCCCGAAUGGACCUGGACGUCCACGUUUCGACAAUAUCUGACUGGUUGGGCGAUAGCUGCCUUCGAAAGGGAUUGGAAGUAUCGGCUAUCGAUAUACUAUGCGAAAACCCAAGACUCUGGAGUUUAUACAUGUUCAACCCCUCGAGGCCUCACGAACUCUAUUCGAGUUCACGUUAUUGACGUCCACUGCCCGAUGCCGACUUCACCCGAACCGCCAUUGAUCGCGAAAAUCGAGGGUCCGCGACUGGGUGAAAGCGCGACGUUCGAGUGUCCACACGGUUACAAGUUAGAAGGAGCAUCGAGCAUGACCUGUCAGUACAAUGGAAAAUGGUCGGCGGAAGUGCCUCAUUGUAAGGCGAUCAUUUGUGCACCGGUGCAGCCGAUGAAUCCGAAGCUGCAAGUACUAGAGCAUAACAACACUUAUGGUGGGCGAGUGAUCUUCACCUGUAUGUGGGGUCAUAAGCUCAGUGGACUCCAGAGUCUUAGAUGUGGAGAUGAUGGGGUUUGGAGUGGAUCGAUACCCACAUGCACGGAGAUUACCUGCGCGACGCCAUCGAUGCCGACAAACGGGCGUAUCCUCGAACACGAGCAUCGCCAAGAGUAUCCGAGCAGGCGGCGGGACCGGACGCACCGAGUGGGAGCUCUCGUGCGCUUCUCUUGCCUUCCAGGUCACCAGCUCAUCGGCCAGGCUUCCAUUAUCUGCACGGAGAAUGGCACGUGGUCGCAUCAAUCGCCUGUUUGUGAAGUAAGAUGUCCAUAUCCUGGCGAUCCGCUCCACGGUCGUAUAGCUCCAUUAAAGUUUUGGUAUAAAUCUGGCGAUACGAUACAGGUGACCUGCUCCCCUGGCUACGUAACCCCCCUUGAACCCGUUCGGAAGCCUACCUGCCGAGAAAAUGGUACUUGGAGCGGUCCACCACCUCCUUGUCGGUCCUACAAGGAUGUAUGAUAAAUCAUCGUUGCAAUGAACGGGACGAUACGGCAAGGGGAAAUAUAAUAAAAGUAAAGUGAUUCAUGGCACCGGUUUGAUACCGUACGAACAAUAAAUAAAAGACAGUCGAAAAUCAAACCGGACAGGAGAGAAGAAUAAAGAAAACGAGAUAGACGAAAGAGACGAAAGGAGCGAAGCCGCGAGACUACGGCGAGCCAUAGCGUUCAGGCUUCGCGGUUUUCGUAAGACGUGACCUGCUUCAACAACUCUUCAACAGCUAGAAAAAUACCAAAGGGUGGAGAAUAAGAGAGACGUGCUCUCUCGCUUGUCCGAACUCGACGCGUCCAAACAAAAUUACCGGAGUCUCUGCCAAACGAACCACCCAAGUUUUUUCUAUUCUUCAGCCUAGCUCUCACCCCCACCACCCCUCACCCUCUGUCUGUCUGUCUGU